GGUAUACUUGCCCUGCGUUUGCCACGUGUCACUGACCUGGCAGCUAGGGAGCGCAUCGCGUGAGGCGAGGAAGAAACCCCUCUCUCCCUCUCUCUCUCUUCUCCCCUCUCUCUCUCUCUACCUCUCUUCUCCUAUUCUUUCAUCCGUAAUAAUAUCCCCUAAAUUCCACCUUCAAAUUCGCACCCUCUCUCUCUUUUCUGCUCUCGAUUGCUCCCUCCCCUCCCUCCCUCAGAAUCCCUUUCUCUCUCUACAUGUGUGCGUGUUUAGAUCCAAUGACUUUGUUGUAGCAGAAAACCCCAUAUAUUAUCGCUAUCAUCGUCUAGGGUUUCCUCUGCUCAGCUGUGAUUUUGAUCGGUGGCUGGGGAUUACUGGCGUUGAUUGGGCCUGUGUUGAUGCUUUUUGGGGUUUAUUGCUUGCUUUGAUGUUUUGUGAGGAUUUCUAUGUGAUGUUUUGAUUGAAGAACACUGGAUCAGAUGCUGGACAAGGGUUUCCAUUGAGCAUUGUUUUGGAAUUAUCUGAAAGGGCAGGAUUUUGGGCUUCACUCUCAGAGUGGGCCGGGGGGUUUCUGCAAAUUUGGGUUUUGAUUCGAAUGGAAAUUAUUACGGGACCAAUGUUUGUAUGGUCUUUCUAUAGCUAUGGGCCAUGCCGUUAAAAGGAGGUGUUUUGCAAAGGAAUCACUAAGGGAUUCACCAUGGUUUUCUUGUUCAGAGAGAUUCAAGGAUGGUUUCUUUCUCUUUUGGCCUCAUCACUCUCUUUUUCUCUGACCCUUAACUUGGAGGGAUUCCUCCCUUGCUCUUCUUGAUCCUCAUGUGUAAACACGAGCUUGGAUCUCUAAGAUCCUCACAGUCUGAAACCACCCCUAUCGCAGACCAGGCUGUGUCAACAAUGGAGAACUCUUCGAAUGAUGAUGCCCCUAAAGUCAAAUUUCUGUGUAGCUUUGGCGGAAGUAUACUCCCGAGGCCAUUGGAUGGCAAGCUCCGCUAUGUUGGUGGAGAAACACGAAUUGUUAGCGUGCAAAGAGAUAUCAUUUAUGAUGAGCUCAUGGAAAAGAUGAGGGAACUGUUUGAUGGGGCAUCUUCGCUCAAGUAUCAGCAACCUGAUGAAGACCUCGAUGCCCUCGUUUCAGUUGUUAAUAAUGAUGAUGUCACGAACAUGAUGGAGGAGUAUGAGAAACUUGGCGCUGGAGAUGGGUUUACGAGGCUUAGAAUAUUCCUGUUUCCCCACCCUGACCAUGAUAUCGUUCCAUUUGACACCGAUGAGAGAGAAACAGAGCGUCGAUAUGUGGAUGCUUUGAACAGCUUGACUGAUGCGCCUGAAUCCAAGAGGCAAUCUGAAGUUGAUAGGUACCAAAGAGAAGCCAACCUGGAGAACUGUGAGAUUGGUGUACAGAGGAAUAAUGAGAUCCCAUUGCCCCCCCAAUAUAACAGGCAUCAAUUGGCGAUGCCGCAUCAACGAUCGGGGCAUUGCAGUCCAAGAUAUGGAGACAUGGAGACCCCUUGGAGCCCUGCAUAUUAUUCAUCUAGUCACCAAAACCCCCAUGAUUCGAGGCCUGGUUCAGAGUUUCCAUCUUCCCCUUCAGGUGGGCGCUACCGUGUAGCAUUUGGAGAUGUACAGGAUAAUUUUUCAGAUAGGAUUCACGAAGAGACUGGGUACCCAGUUGGUCAGUUUGCCCCGAUGAAUAACUUGGCACACUAUGAACACCAACCACCACCUUAUGUUGAUAAACCGAUGAACAACUUGGCACACUAUGAACACCAACCAUCACCUUAUGUUGAUAAUGUGGUUUGGGUUCAACAUGGCCCGAUUCAGGGGGAGAAUGCAGGUUUCCAUUGUCAAUUCAAUCAAUCGCAUGGAACUUUUGAAGCAAACAAUGGGUGUGAGCAUUGCCAGAUGGGUUUUCCAAGGAACCAAGCUUUCUCAGAGCCUCGUUAUAUGGACCCACGUUGGAAACAUGCUCCCCAUUUGGAGCAUUCAAGCUCCACGAAUGAGAUAAGCCAGACGUCUAAUCCGUGUACCCCUGUUGAAUGUUUCGUAACGAACCCAGAGAUGAAAUUGGACCAUGGAGUGUACCAAAAAGAGCAUGGAGACCCUCGUGUGAUAUUCAAAGAUCCUCACAACCAUGAGAGGAGUUGGCUGAGGCACCAGUUGAAUCAAGAUACUAGGACCCACUUAACAGGGAGGGUUGGUGACCGUCAUGUUGUGGAUGGAAGCAUUCAUAAUGCUCCUUUCCCUCAUGGAUUCGAGCAUGGGUUAGAAGGCCCAAAGGACCAAAAAGUUGGAGUUGGACCAUACAUGCAUGUUCCUGUACGUGAGGACGCCGGCAUCAGAUUUGAUAACCUGUCCUCCUCCUCUAUUAAAGAGGACUUCUAUCAAGCUUCACGUGUGUCUGCAUCUCCACAUGCUAUGAGACUGAAAGCACAAAAUCCCAUGCGAGCCCCAUUACCGGAAAGCUCUGUUUUUUUGCCACACUCUAAUGGGUCAUCCAAUUCAGGCUUUUCGAGAGGAGCUGAGCAAGGGGGAAGUCCUAGGUUUUCUCGUGUUGGGGUGGAGGAUCAGAAUUCUUGGGUUAGACAACACGGGUCUUCACAUGCUGGUGGUGCCUUUGAUGUGGCUGCAGCUCCAGACUAUCUUGCUCAACUUACUCUACAUGGUGGGCAAAAUCAACUCGGGCUUCAUUUCAAUGAUGAUGGUGAGCAAAGGGGCGAGCCUUCUGUUGGCAUGGUGAAGGGGUUCAUGAAUGCUGGUAUGAGUUCUCCUGAUUCAAGGAGAUAUGGUGUGUUUGCCCAUGGUCCUGGAAAUUUGAGCUCAACUCCAGAAAUAGCUAAACUUGACAUCUUGGGUGGUCCUGCCCAUCCAGAGGCUACAAAUGUACUGCACCCAUCUCCUUCUCUGAUGGAUGAGGACCUGGUUACUUUGAUUCUUCCUCCUAUCAAUCUUAGUCCAAAAAUCGAUUCUAAUUCUACUGGAGAGAUCGGAAUGCCUUUAGAGCAGGAUGCUACCGAGGAGUCUUGCCAGACUAAGCUUGUGGACGCUUCAUCAGACUUUGAUUUCUCUAGUAUAUCUACUUUCACCAAGGACACUGAGAUGAAUGCUGGCUCAAAUAGUAGAAGGCCUAUCAAAGAGGGUGGGGGUGCUGCUGAAUCCGUUCUUGAACUUAAUUGUCAUUUAUCUGGAUCUCCACAACUGUCAGAUUGUUUGAGUUUCAUUCCAGAUUUAAUGGCAUCUGCAAAGAGGGCAGCCUUGGAGGGUGUCGAGGAGGUUCGCAACAGAGCUUGUCAAGAUGCCAAUGCUUUAAAAAUGGAGGACAAAGCAAAUGCUGGAAACGGUUAUUCUCACUCUUUAAUGAAUAAAGGAUCGUCUCCUCAUGAAUUGGACCCUCCGAAUCCCCCUGUGGAGCCAGAUGAACAACAUGAUAAUGAGAAUACAAGUAAUUCCAAGAUAGAACCAACCAAUGCAGAAGCAGAAGCACUUGCUAUGGGAUUGCAGACUAUCAAGAACGAUGAUCUUGAGGAAAUACGAGAACUGGGUUCUGGUACAUACGGAUUUGUUUACCAUGGAAAGUGGAAAGGUUCAGAUGUUGCAAUAAAGAGGAUAAAAGCAAGCUGCUUCAAUGGGAGACCCACUGAACGAGAACGUUUGAUUGCAGAUUUUUGGAAGGAGGCUUCGAUCCUUCAUUCCUUGCACCAUCCAAAUGUGGUUUCUUUCUAUGGAGUAGUCCGUGAUGGGCCUGAUGGAACUUUAGCAACUGUUACCGAGUUUAUGGUUAAUGGGUCUCUUAAACAAGUUUUGCAAAAGAAGGAUAGGACAAUAGAUCGUCGUAAAAGAUUAAUCAUAGCUAUGGAUGCGGCAUUUGGAAUGGAGUACUUGCAUGGGAAAAAUAUCGUUCAUUUUGAUCUGAAGUGUGAAAAUCUUUUGGUGAACAUGAGAGAUCCUCAUCGUCCUGUGUGCAAGAUUGGUGAUUUGGGCUUGUCAAAGGUAAAACAUCAUACUCUAGUAUCUGGAGGUGUUCGUGGAACUUUACCGUGGAUGGCACCAGAACUUCUAAUUGGGAAAAGCAACAUGGUGACAGAAAAGAUCGAUGUUUAUUCAUUUGGAAUUUGCAUGUGGGAACUGCUUACUGGUGAAGAGCCUUAUGCAGAUAUGCAUUGUGCAUCUAUAAUAGGGGGAAUUGUGAACAAUACUUUGCGUCCACAAAUCCCGACAUGGUGCGAUCCUGAAUGGAGAUCUUUGAUGGAAAGUUCUUGGUCUUCUGAUCCAGGAGAGAGGCCUUCGUUUGCAGAAAUAUCUCAGAAAUUGAGGAAAAUGUCUGCAGCAAUCAAUGUGAAGUGAUGCCUGCCUAUGAUGCCUCUUAUGGAUCAUUUUAGUUUCUUUUUCUUCUCCUAUGUAUACAGUCUCGAUGGUUGGUGAACCAUAGGUUUUGCUGUAUUAGCAUUAUCUUCCUUCACGAAAUAUACAUAUAAAGGAUUUGCAAGAACAUGGUUAAGGCAUGUGUGGACCUUAAAAGUGAUCUUAUACAUGCGUCUUCUUAGGGUGCAACUAUAUGCACACUCAUAGUGAGGUGUAUCUGUUUGAUAUCAAAGCAUGGAAUCUGGGGAAGGAGAUGCUCAACUAAAAUGAACAUUUCUCAUAGAUGUGCGUAGAGCAUUUGUAUAGACCUUUUGGGUGUUAUCUGAACUCCAGAGACUGUUGUGGCUUAUUAUGUUCUUGAUGGAACUAAUAUGCAAGAAUGUACAUCAGUUUUGUGUGGUAUUACAUUGUUCUAUAUCCAUAUGGAGAGAGGUUAUAUGGUAGGUCUUGAAUUGAAUAUAUUCCGGACCUGAAAAUUUUGUCAUAGGUUUUCAUAUGCCAUUGUACAACUCAUAUCUUCUAUUAUUUUUUGCUUAUAAUUUUUUGAAGUUAAAGAUGUAUCAUACUAAAGAAAUAAAAAAAUUGUUUUUGUUUUGUAUA